CGUCACCUUUUGGCGCUAGGACCUCUUUGAUCCAGAAGCUGUCAGAGCUUUUUCGCCGACAAGUGUUGUGGUCAACAAUUGCACAAAUCACCACGCCAUCGCCAUCAUCUCGACAUCUUUUUCGUCCCCCCCCCCCUUACAACCAGCUUGCAAGAGGCAAACCUCGAUCUCCUUGCCAGGGUGUCUACCAUUUCCACCUCGUCAAUGUAUAGCAUCGGAUCGAGUUCGUAAGAGAUGGGCUCUGACCAGUACCAGAAGCGAUCUCCAAGUCGGUCGAGCAUUCCAGCUCGGGGAGUGGAAUCGACCGCGAUAGAGUCUCUGGUGGACCGGACGAAGACUAGGAUGGAUUCGAGGGGAAUGUCGUCGAUCGAACGGUCAGACGAUCGAUCACAGCCUGCUGAUCGACCUGGUAUGCUCGAACGUCAAGAUUCCGACGUCUCCAACGCGUCUUCCACGGGCGAAUUGUUCGACAUGGACCCUUUGCGGCGGGACAGUGCUACUACAGUUGGGAGUAGUGAAGAGUUGGUCUCUCCCAUGUUCGAUUCGCACUCCCUCCAUCGACCCGUCAUUGUUCGAGGGUCUCGAUCGGACGAGCGGCGCACUCGGGAUUCGUUGGUGGAUAACAACAAUCACAGGGAGCAGCAACAAGGCGACGAGGCGGAGCUAGCGAGCAAAGGGGUCGUCGCCCAGGGGAAAGAGAUGAUGGAGAACGGGAUCGGAAACUUGGCCGCAAAGUGGAAGUCGUUUGGGUUUGCUGGGGGCAAAUCUCACAAACCGAUCGACACGGACCAACAUCCUGCAGGACCGUCAAAUGUCGACCCCAGGCUGCCUGCGAGUACCGUCGACCAGACGACAAAUCAGGCAACGUCGACCUCGUUCGCCACGUCCAGCUCGAUCGGAAGGACUCGCUCGCCAAAUCGAAAUCUGCAUGGCAUCCCGCCCUUGCAUACCAGUCGACCCCGUAUUCCGAGUUCCGAAUUUCAGUAUCAUCAGCAUCAUUAUCAACAUCAUCCGCAUCAUCAGGGACAUCAGUACGAAUCCUCCGAGCUGACCCCUCGGGCCGAGCAUCCUCCAGACUACUCUCCCAAGAGUAUGGCCGAGACGGUGACCUCCCCGAAGAACGCCCGUCGGGAGAUGCGAACAUCAGCCGACCAGGAAGACGAGGAGAUGAACGCCUCGUCAUCUUCGAGAAACGGGACGAUCAAACGGAGACGCGAUACGACCGUCAGAAGGAGUCUUCUGUUAAAUCGGGGGGAGAGGCCAUCCCAGGGAACAGGCCAGGAUGAUCGGGCUGGAGGGGAAGUCGAUCGGAAAGCCGAUGCGCCCGGUGGUUAUUUCCCAGACGUCGAGGAGCUCAAACGUAAAGCGAAACAACAGCGAGAUGCGGAAAAGGCCAAGCGAAAGAGCGACGCGUUGGCCAGACGGGCUCGGGCGAGCGCUUUGGCAACGUUUGCCACGUCUCCCCGGGCCAACUCGCCGUUCACCUCGCCUACUGCCGAGGGAAACAGCCCGUGGCGAACGGCAGGGAAGAACGAGGUCGAGUCGGCUUCGGACAGCGAGAACUCGGGGACGGACGAGAUGGAGACCCCUUGGCCGUCUUCGGCUCGGCACGGAGAUACGCCGCUUGGACUCGAGCACGAAAUGGUCAAGUCGUCCCGGGCAAAUUCGUUGAGAGAGAGGAUGAAUAGCAUGGGUUCCAUAGAAGAGAAGCACGCCAGGUCGCCGUUCGCGUCAAGGAGGAACAGUGUGGAUCGUCGUUCUUCCUCUGACAUACAAACGGAUGAGGACGAGGUGCUGCAAGCGGGGACCGGAUGUGCCAUCUCCAACCCGUUAGCGCCUCCGCCCGGGUACCCACUGUACUCGCCUUCCAUCGGGUCCGAGCCAUCGGACAGGCCUUGGAUGCGGUCUUCGUCGUAUGCGGGGAGUUCUGCCAACAGCAGUCCUCCACUGAUCGACCGUUUCCACAGCGCGACAGAGGCGCUUCCGGUCAACCAGUCUGCAAAGGGACCUUAUGGUCAAUAUUUCGGAUUCUUGCCCACCGGCCCUCAGUCCCAGUCUCAGGGGUCGUCGGCGUCCGGUAGCGGAACCGAAAGCGAACUACAGAGGAAGUUGUAUAGUCGCUUCGAGACGGCCGGCAGAGGCUUGCAUAACGACAAGUCGACCCCUACGUCUGGCUCGUCGAGCAUCAGCCUCCAUAACGUUCCUAGCCCGAACGAUUCACCUAGACUCAACACCGAUACGGAGGGUCAGGAAUCGUCGCCUUUCGAGGGCAAGAUCACCAUCGACACCAGCCCGGACCGCUAUGUCAUCUCUGUCGGCGAGAUGGUCGGGUUCAGCUUGGAGAACAUCACGAUCGCAGUCAAGAGCAUCAACCGGUCAAGCAGCACUAGCAGCUCUGUCCCGCGAACAGGCCUGGUGCACUCGCAUUCCAGCGAUGCGAGCUCUGUCCAUUCGCAUAUGUCCGUUCGAUCAAACGCCUCGUUCCAUGGCGUCGAGAAGCUUCCUAUACAGAGGACGGCGUCGCCUGACAUUGUUGCGGAAGGCAAGGUUUUGCACCUCAUCGCCGAUCGAUGGGAAGAUUCGGCUCAUUUCGAACGAAGAAUAACCUUUGGCAAGGAUGCCGACUUUUCGAACGGCGUCAAAGCCAAGUUCGAUGGCACCAAGCUGGUAAUCGAAGUCGCCCGCCGGGCUCGGCCUCUUGCAAGACCGCCGGCGGGACGCGCCAGUCUUCCGCCAGACUCGGAUGUCCUACCCCGACCGAGCUUCUCGUCCGAGACGUUUCGUAUACCCAAGAACUUGCCAGCGCAGAGGCAUCAUAGCAUCGCUUUCUAGAACUCGGUCUCGCCCACAACUUGGUCGCGUGUAUCCAUUCACCCUUUCGGUCCCAUCUUCUUGGCUCGACUCGAAAACACUGUAUCGAUGCAACAAGGCGACCGCAACACUCGUGGCUCAUCCAACCACUACAUACAUGUACCAAAUGGGAUCAAGUAGCGAAUGGACGGGGGACUUUCAAUUUGCAUAUAGUUUCACAUAAGAGUAGCACGUCUGUUUCCUGAUGAAUUUUGACGAUUUUGAUGAACCGCGGAUGAAUAUUUUCGUUCCAACCUGGGUGGAUGACGAUACUCGGCCGGGAGCUUGUCGUCACUGGGACACCG